CACAAACACACACACUCCCCUUCUCCCCAGGCGAAGACACUCAAUGAAGAAGCUGGCUUUUCUAUGGCGGCACAAGCGGGCAGCACCCGAGGGGAGGGUCAUUAAUAACUAAUUAGACCGGGUCAGGCCGCCAGCAUAUAAGACCGCCGGGACCCGCGAGUGCGCAACGCGUCACAAGCAAACACAGACUUUCUUCUCAGAGUUUCUUUUUAACACGUUUGUUCUUAAAGCACAGUUAAUUUGAGCAUUUUAUUUUUAUUUUUAAAUUAAUUUACACAUUUAACAGACGUCUGUGUUCCCUGCGAUUUAAGUUUUGUUGAUUUAAUUGUAACACUUUUCAUAGCGAGGGAACUUAGAUAAAGUUAGGGCACUGGUGCGCCAUGGGUUCUGUGUUGCCUGCCGAAGCCUUAGUGUUAAAGUCGGGAUUUAAGCCUCCGACCUUCUCCCUCUCAGAGAUCAUCACGUCCGACAUCCUCCACAGCUUCCUGUACGGCCGUUGGAGAAACGUGCUGGGCGAAAACCUGCUCGAGGACAAGAGCAGCCCUGUGUGCCCCAAAACCGCCUUCACCGCCGAGGUGCUCGCGCAGUCUUUCUCCGGAGAGGUGCAGAAGCUGUCCAGCCUGGUGCUGCCGAGCGAGGUGAUCAUCGCCCAGAGCUCCAUCCCAGGGGAGGGACUGGGCAUCUUCUCCAAGAGCUGGAUCAAGGCCGGCACUGAGAUGGGGCCGUUCACCGGCCGCCUCAUCUCUCCCGAACACGUGGACCUCUUCAAGAACAACAACCUCAUGUGGGAGGUGUUUAACGAGGACGGCACCGUGCGCUACUUCAUCGACGCCAGCCAGGAGGACCAACGGAGCUGGAUGACCUACAUCAAGUGCGCCCGCAACGAGCAGGAGCAGAACCUGGAGGUGGUGCAGAUCGGCAGCAGCAUCUUCUACAAGGCCGUGGAGACGAUACCUCCUGACCAGGAGCUGCUGGUGUGGUACGGCAACACCCACAACACCUUCCUGGGCAUCCCCGGCGUGCUGGCCAUGGAGGAGGAGCCGCAGAAGAAACACAAAAACGAUGACCCGUCCCUGUGCGACAGCUCGUCCUCCUCGACACUGGCCUCCGCUAGCCGCAUGCGCUGCGUGAUCUGCCACCGCGGCUUCAACUCGCGCAGCAACCUGCGCUCGCACAUGCGCAUCCACACGCUGGACAAGCCCUUCGUCUGCCGCUUCUGCAACCGCCGCUUCAGCCAGUCGUCCACUCUCCGCAACCACGUCCGUCUUCACACGGGCGAGCGCCCCUACAAGUGCCAUGUGUGCCAGAGCGCCUACUCGCAGCUGGCCGGCCUGCGCGCCCACCAGAAGAGCGCCCGCCACCGGCCAGCAGGGGGCAGUAGCGCCAGCGUGGGCGUGGUCAGCGGGGCUGUGGUGGUGGGGCUCCAGACGCACUCCCCUCCGCCACCACAAAUGGCACCAGUGCCACACACACACACACACACACACCCAGCCUCCCUAGUGCACCACAUCCCCACUAUGGUGCUGUAGGACACACACACACACACACACCCACACACCCAGCCUCCCUAGUGCAUCACAUCCCCACUAUGGUGCUGUAGGACACACACACACACACACACACACACACCCACACACCCAGCCUCCCUAGUGCACCACAUCCCCACUAUGGUGCUGUAGGACACACACACACACACACACACACACACCCAGCCUCCCUAGUGCACCACAUCCCCACUAUGGUGCUGUAGGACACACACACACACACACACACACACACCCAGCCUCCCUAGUGCACCACAUCCCCACUAUGGUGCUGUAGGACACACACACACACACACCCAGCCUCCCUAGUGCACCACAUCCCCACUAUGGUGCUGUAGGACACACACACACACACACACACACACACACACACACACACACACACACACACACACCCAGCCUCCCUAGUGCAUCACAUCCCCACUAUGGUGCUGUAGGACACACACACACACACACACACACACACACACACACACACACACCCAGCCUCCCUAGUGCAUCACAUCCCCACUAUGGUGCUGUAGGACACACACACACACACACACACACACACACACACACACACACACACACACACACACACACACACAGCCUCCCUAGUGCAUCACAUCCCCACUAUGGUGCUGUAGGACACACACACACACACACACACACACACACACACACACACACACACACACACACACCCAGCCUCCCUAGUGCAUCACAUCCCCACUAUGGUGCUGUAGGACACACACACACACACACACACACACACACACACACACACACACACACACACCCAUGUCAUUAUAUUCCCCACUACGCUACACCUUAGAUCAUACUUGUCAGAUUUUAUAUAAAGAGUGCACUAAAUUACUAUUUGGUCCGAUAGCCUGUUGGUACCUACAGAGUGCACAUAUAUUAGCACAUAUGCAUGAAUACUGAUGCCCUGAUCACUUUCUCCGCCCUACUGGUGACAUGAAGAAAAUAUUUAUGUUUGCAUGUGAUCUCUGAAGAUGACGGUUUAAGAAGAUAUUUAUGUUUGCGUGUGAUCUGCGCAUCUUCUCUCUGAGGGGAGCAGAUUUCUGCAACUCUAUUUAAUCUAUUUGUAUUUAUCAAGCGUCAGGUUUAUAUCUAAAACUUGUGUAAAGAACAGCCACUGUGAACUGGUCUACUAUUGCUAACCCUUCCUGACUUUUCCCAGGACAAAGUGCCAUUCCCAGGAGGAGUGAGCUCCCUCUAGUGACCAUUUGGUGUCAUUACCUCCCUGUCAGGGACCAUAGAGAUUGGUAGUAUGUAAAUAAUCUAUAGAAUAUGUACAAUUGUUGUAAAUAUAAUUUCAAAGAUGUGUUUCACUUCCUAAAAUGCUGAGCAGUCACUUUACCUGUUUAUGAGUGUAUGUAAAACUUCUAAGUCAAAUUACUAUAUGAUGUAAGCUGUUUGCUUGAUCUAUAUAUGAUGUAAGCUGUUUGCGAAUACUUGAUCUAUAUAUGAUGUAAGCUGUUUGCUUGAUCUAUAUAUGAUGUAAAGCUGUUUGCUUGAUCUAUAUAUGAUGUAAAGCUGUUUGCUUGAUCUAUAUAUGAUGUAAAGCUGUUUGCUUGAUCAAAAUGAUGUAAAGCUGUUUGCGGAUACUAAAGACUUUGUAUCUUCUUCUUGUCUCCUAAAUAAAUGAUUUCAAUAUCA